AUGGCUUCUUUUCUUUCCUUAUCUCUUCCCAAACUAAACUUAAUAAAAGCCUCUUCAGCUUCUACAACAACAACACCUCUUUCAACUCCUGAGGCACUCAAUGAGAAAUUUGGAAGAAAAGGAAUCAAAUUCUUGGAGAAUAAUAGCAUUCCCAUUGUUGAGUUGACAGUUAGAAAUGGAAGCUCUUUGAACCUAAGAUUACCUGAUGCUCAUGUAACAUCUUACAAACCAAAAGUGUUUUGGAAAGAUGAUGGUUUCGAAGAAUUUCUUUACACUAUUCCUGCCACUGAAACAGGUCUUUAUAAAGCUAAAGGUGGAAUUGGUUUGGUCUUGAAUGAAGUUUUACAACCUGGUGCAAAAGCGUUGCUUCCUUCUACGCUAGAAUGGACUGUAAAUGAUGUUGAUUAUGAUGCCAUUGAUGCUCUCCAGGUUGAAUUGAUAAGCACUAAUAGGUUUUUUGACAUGACUUAUAUUGUGACACUCUAUCCUGUGAGUAUGGCAACAGCGGUUAUAGUUAAGAACAAAGCUCCGAAGCCUGUUACUCUAACGAAUGCUAUACUAAGCCAUUUUCGAUUUAAGAGAAGAGGUGGCGCGGCUAUUAAAGGCCUUCAAACUUGCUCAUACUGCUCACAUCCUCCUCUUGUUUCCCCUUUUCAAAUCUUGAAUCCGUCGGAAGCGGUUAAGUCUGAGCCUAGUAGAUUGAUUUCCUUUGGUGCUGAGCCUGAAUUGAAGCCUGGUUUAUGGACUCAACAGGCUGUUCCUAUUACUCUCCUUGAGAAUAAGAUGAGUAGAGUCUUUGCUGCACCUCCGGAGGAAAGAUCGAAGGCGUUUUAUAACACACCGCCUUCGAAAUAUGAAAUCGUUGACCAGGGACGUGAGAUUUUCUUUAGGGUUAUAAGAAUGGGAUUUGAGGAUACAUAUGUGUCAAGUCCUGGUUCGAUGUCAGAGAAAUAUGGAAAGGACUAUUUUGUAUGCACUGGUCCUGCUUCAAUGUUGGUGCCUGUGAUUGUGAAUCCUGGUGAAGAAUGGAGAGGAGCACAAGUUAUUGAGCAUGAUAAUCUCUCGUAA